AUAUGCAAAUUAGAGUAAAUUGCGUUGACUUGCCUGGACGGUCUCUCUGAAACAUGACUUUUUACAUCUUUUUAAUUGAAUGAGAUAUAAAAAACAAGAUGCCAAAGUGCAGUGACUUCAAAAGUCCUCUGAGGAAAUUAAAGGAGGAUCUACUUGGAAAGCAUCCAUCGUCAUCCUCUUCGACGACCAUCCCCAAUUCCCAUCUCAAUCCCGAUGACCUGUUUGCCGAGUCCUUCUCUCAAGACGAUAGUCAGCUCCGAAGGCCUAUGAAUGCAUUCCUACUCUUCUGUAAGCGUCAUCGUCAGGUCGUCAGGACUAGGCACCCGUGGCUCGAUAACCGAGCGUGCACCAAGAUGUUGGCCGAUAUGUGGGGAGCACUGGAUGGAGACGAGAAGGAGAAAUAUCUGCAGCUUGCGAGAGAGUGUAAAGCUGCAUUCAUGAAAGCCCACCCAGAUUAUAAAUGGAGCGGUCCUCAUCGACACGCUGGUGGGAAGGUAACCAAUCCUGGUAAUAUAACGACACGACCGCCAAGCACAAAAGAAAACAAGGCCGGGAUCACCGUUGGAAAGCUAGCAGAUCCAUCUCAAAUGGGAGGGUUAAGUCUUCUAUUACUCGCUGGCCAGCAAGAGACGAGUACAAAACGUGUAGCGCCCUCAUCUGACCAACAUAAAACAGUCCGUAGGAGUAAUUCAGAACCAGCAACCAAUGAGAGGGAAGAUGAUGACAGCGUUAAAUCAAAAUUAUUCCAGUUUGCCGAGAUGUGCUCUGAUCAACUUGCCAUGAAACCAGAACACAACUCUGAUUCAAUACACCUUUCCAAUGUGACAAUCCCUGUUAACAAUACAACCGAUGCCUCGAAGGACAAUACGGUGGAUGCAUCCAGUAAUAACAAUAAUACUAUACCUCUUAACAGUCAGAUGCAUUUCAGGUUGACCUCAGACAAUCAAGGAACUGAAAUAACCAAUGGAUCCAUGAGAACUGAAAUAAAGGACGAAGAUGACAUGGCUAGGAAAGGGGGUUUGAGGAAAGAGGAGGAGGAGGAGGGGGUGAUGGAGGCAAAUGAUGGAAAGAAGAAUGAAACAAAAGAUGAGGAGGAAACAGAGGAAGGGAUGACCAAAAUAAAGACGAAUAAUAAGAAGAGGAAAAGUGAGAAGAGCUCCAAGAAGAAGAAGAAAAAGAAGAAGAAAGUUUUGACGGUCAAGGAUGAGAGUGAAGCCCUCUCUCUGAGCUGGCCUGGAGCAUUGAAAGGUGUCUUCAAGAAGGAAAGCAAAGGAAUAGAAGAGAAGAAGGACGAGGAGGAGAAGGAAGAAGAGGAGAAAGAGAAGGAAGGUAGCUUGACUGAUGGUGAGGAUUCCAAGUCAGCAGGGCAGAGGAAGUCUAGGCGGUCAUGUAAGGGGAGGUUGUAUCGCAAGCUUGUUGAUCAGGGGAUGUUAGAAUCACUACAACGGCCAGAGAGACCGUUUAACUGUAAGAAGGCUUGGCGCCAUACUAACGAAGGAAUGAGUGGUUUCAGUGAUGCGGAAGAUGAAGUAUUUCAACCGGAGGAUGGGAAGAAGGCUAGAAGACCUAGGAAAAGAACAAACAGCGGAUCUAGUGUAACAUGCUCAGAUUUUGACUACGGUGAGAUCAAUGUCGAAGCCAGAUUAGCUACACUGCCUCAGUAUGCUCCAGAACAAUUCAGAACAAAGAAGAAAUCUGGUUUGAAAUCGAAAAAGACUUCAGACAUCUACAAGAAUGCAAAGUUCAUCAAAGAAAGGGGUAAAAGUAAAGUGAUGAGGUCACUGUCUUCUUCCGAGAUGACCGUCACUGGAAGCCAGAAAAGAAAAGCAAGGAAAUCAUCAAUUAUGCAUCUUCUACCUACUAAAGAUCCUCACAGCAUUUCCAGCACAGUGCAGUCUUCACCAUCACCUCCCAGAACGGACAAAGUAAUUGGAUCAAAGGUCAAGCGGUCAAUAAGUGACCCUCAACCUUUCACUUUAUCUGACCUUGCAGAGGUUGCUUCCAUGGAACUCAAACCAUGCAGCUCUGCAAGUACAGCGUGUACCCCUGGCGGUCAUGUACAAAGGCCCAACCUCUGUCUCGCAGCAGUAACGGUAUCAUAACCGAAACAUCACAUCAACGUUCUCAAGGAGAUAUUCAGUCAUCCUUAUUUCUUCAGCAACAGCUCGGAAAGAGUUCCAUAUGCACCCCC